UUCCCGGAGGAGUUCCUGCAUUAAUUUUUUUUUCUUUAAAAGAAACGUCUUUCUGCGAAGCAGGCAUCACGAUUUCUAUGAUACACAAUUUCUUCGCAGAUAACCAAAACAACGGCACUCUUCUGCUUGUGAUCGACUCUUCAAAAGAAUACCAGAAAGUGUUUGGGUUCGGAGGUGCCUUCACCGACGCCACUGGAAUAAAUGUGAAAUCGCUCCCGACAAACAUGCAAGAUGAUGUUCUCAAGUCCUACUACUCAAACAAAGGGAUUGGCUACACCAUCGGCAGGAUUCCCUUGGCCAGCUGUGACUUCUCUGCACGCAAGUACACCUACGACGAUACUCCCGGCGACUUCGAGCUGACCAACUUCACGCUCGCUCCGGAAGACUUUGACGUUAAGAUUCCGUACAUAAAGAAAGCUAUGUCUCUGUCAAGCGAGCCUGCGUGGUUCUUCGGAAGCUCGUGGAGCAGCCCCGCUUGGAUGAAGACCAGCAAUGCGCUUGAGGGGCGAGGGUUCCUUAUUGGCGAACCGGGCGGCCCCUACUACAAGGCGUGGGCAAAAUACUACGUCAGAUUCGUGCAGGAGUACGAGCGGCACGGAAUUCCAAUCUGGGGUUUGACGACUCAGAACGAACCAACGACCGGUUUUAUUCCGGGCUUCCGCUGGCAGACUCUCGGGUUUACGGCCGCCAGCCAGAGAGACUUCAUCAAACUCGAUUUGGGACCUGCUCUGGCCGAAGCUGGUUACAGCGCUGACAAGUUGAAGGUCAUGAUUCUCGACGAUAGCCGCAUCGUCCUUCCCCACUGGACAGACGUGGUGCUGGGCGAUCCUGAGGCGGCCAAGUACGUUCAGGGAGUCGCUGUUCAUUGGUACAUGGACAGUUUUGUCGGCCCUCAUGUGCUGGACAAAGUGCACAACAGCUUCCCGGACAAAUUUAUCCUCGGCACCGAAGCGUGCACUGGUUCCGCAAUAAAAACAGAGGACAAUGUGAAGCUUGGCAGCUGGAAACGAGCAGAGUUGUACGCCAGAGACAUCCUCGAAGACCUCAACCAUUGGGUCAGUGGAUGGACGGACUGGAACCUCGCCCUUAACGUUGAAGGUGGUCCCAAUUGGGCGAACAAUUUCGUCGACUCGCCCAUCAUCGUGAAUGCCUCCGCUCAAGAGUUCUACAAACAGCCAAUGUACUACGCACUGGGCCACUUUAGCAAACCACUUCCGAGGGGCAGCGUUAGGAUUGACUCACAACUGCAGCAAUCCCAUUUUCUGGUAGAGAAUAGCGCGACUUCUACAAAUGUGACAUAUGCUGCAUUCAGGACACCUGAUUCGGCACUGGUUGUGAUUGUCUUGAACAGAAACAACGACAAGUUCACACUGAAGAUCAAGGAUGCGUCCGGCACCGACAGCGUUCAAAAGGUUAUUAACGAGAGGUCGAUAACAACGUUUAUAUGGAAGCCAUAA